AUGUCUUCCGAACCUCACACCAAAUUAAAUAAUCAUCCUGCAGACACCGCAAGCGCAACUGGUUUCUCGAGCUCAAGCAAUCGGAAGAUCCUCGUUCUUUCGCUAGUGACGGUUUUCAUCGCGAUAUUGAUCACGCUUUUUGGAAACGAUACCGCAAAUCUGUCUGCGUUUCGUCGUCUGUUCGGUUCUUCGAGUGCGACUCGUUCGGCUGUGGGUCCUUUAUCUGCGUCUGCGUCUGCGUCUGCGUCUAUUGCUAGUGCGGCUGUUAAAGCGAAGACAGCUUCGCAGGACGAUUUGGCUUCUUUCAAGAUGAAGACGCCGGUUUAUUUUUUGAGUCAUGGUGGGCCUAACGUUAUGUACGAGGUGGACCAUCCUGCCUAUCGCAAACUAGGUCAAAUCGGACGCGAGAUCACUACUAAGGUCAAGCCUCGCGCGGUGGUGGUUUUCUCGGCGCAUUGGCAGGGUGGAAAGGAUACCAUCUAUGUGAAUACGGCCGAGCAGACGGAUUUGAUUUAUGACUUCUAUGGUUUCCCCGAUCAUUACUACAAAGAAAAGUACCCGAACGUGGGAAGCAAGGAAGUUGCACAGAAAGUACUCGACUCGCUCAAAGACGCGGGCAUCGAUGCAAAGGGCGUGAAACGGGGUCUUGACCAUGGUGUUUGGGCGAGUUUCAAGUGCGCCUUCGAACCAGACUCUAAUGCCCUCGACGUCCCCAUCGUCCAGGUCUCCCUGUUCGAUACUGAAGAUCCAAACCAACACUACCGCCUUGGACAGGCAGUAGCCCGACUACGCGAGGAUAAUAUUCUAAUUAUUGUUUCGGGAAUGGCAGUUCACAACCUUCGCGACAUGCGAUUUACGUGGGGAAAGCCACAGCCUCUGCCUUACGCUGUUAGCUUCGACGAGGCGCUAAAGGAGGCCGUUACGACGCAGCCCGAGGAGCGAGAGGCUGCUAUGGCGGCUUUGCUGAAGAGGCCGGAUGCCAGACAGGCGCACCCGACUUUCGACCAUUUGUUGCCUAUUCACAUUGGAGCUGGAGCCGCGGGCGCCGAUCUCGCGAAGCGGCUAUGGAAGUUCCCCGAGGGAAGUAUGAGCUGGUCACAGUAUCGGUUUGGAGAUGUGGGAAAUGCGAGCUCUUCUUUAUAG